AUGCGCGGCGCAUCACCGAUAGCACUGUUCGUGACAGUUACGAUUGCAUUCUAUCUACUCGAUCCGAGCGCAGGACUCAUGAAGGUGAUAGUGGAUUUUGACCGGUGGGAACAUAUCAACGGAUCGGACAUCUUCAACGUGGAGAAGCUGCGCGUUCGCAAGUUUAACCGAACACUCUCAGUACUGAACGGUACCGGUGCGCUGCUGAUAGAUUUAAGUGACAAGUACGAGUACGGAGUCAGCUUUGCUCGGAGUGCCCAAGGUAACAGUCAGUACGAUGCGUACCCGAUGAAGCUUGCAUCACGACCAUUUUGUGACUUUGUCAAAACGCACUACCACGACUAUCAGCAUCUGUUUCUGAAUUUUACUAACCUGCCGUUCGUGCCGGACGGUGGCCUGUGCCCAUUUCCCAAGGGUGAGUACUGGGUGAAGGAUGCAUAUAUUGACUCGUCCGUCAUACCGAUCGUCGUACCGGAAGGGUUUUGGCGGGCUACGACUGAGUUGCGGAUAAUUGAAACAGGCGAAAUCGUUGCCCGUGGUGCAAUGUACGUGAAGAUAACAAAGGAGUAUGUUUGAACGUAUAAGCUUUGUUCUAUUUCUGAAGCAAGCGGAGGACCUGUUGUGAAGACCCUUAA